CUUUUAAAUUAUUGGAAGAAAUAACAUUGCGUAAUAUGCUAAAUAUAGGAUUGGUAGUAAAUUUGCCAUGGCGAACAUGUGGUCUGUAGUCAGUUGGAGCAGUCGUGGAACCUUGAGUCAGAAUCUUCCUCUUGUCAAGAUGGACGAUGUUGACAAAAUCCUCAUAGCAAACCUGCAUGCUCUUGGUUCUAAUGGCCCUUUCCAAAGCUGGACCAGCUACCUAGAUGAGUUGGAAGACGACAAAAUUUCUCAUCGCGAAACUGGAUGUCAAGAACUACCAUCCACACGAAAUCUCUCUCAGAGUUCAAGAUGGCAAGRUGAAAGUCCACGGAAAACACCAUUCUGAGGGAGAAUAUGGCUACGAUUCGAGGGAAUUCCGCAAAUUUGAUUUACCAGAAGCUGUUGAUCCCUCAACAGUAUCAUCACGAGUAUCUCCUGAUGGAGUUCUCUACAUUGAAGGGUACAAAACUACACCCAAGGAAGAAUCCGUGAUGGAAGAACUGGAUGACAAGAAGUUUAGUGUAAAGCUGGACGUUAGUAAAUUUGCCCCGGAGGAAAUCUCUGUCAAGGUCCUGAACAACGAGCUGAUGGUCAGUGCGAGUCAUGAGUCUGAAUCUCAGGGCCGUUAUUCAUCAAGGAGCUUUAAGCGCCAUUUUGUUCUUCCCAAAGAUGUUGAUAUGGAUUCUGUGAAAACAAAGUUGGACAAAGAUGGACGACUUUGCAUUGAAGCUCCAAGAAAACUAGCACUUCCCGCACCUACUGAAAGACAGCUCCCAAUAACCAUGGACGUACUGAUCAAUGAAAAGAGCUUUUAUCAUCUGUUCGUUUGUUUUUGCAAUUAUGAUCCAUUUCUGAUCCAUUUCAGGAAGCGUUAAUCUUGUAAGCUUACUUUACAUGUAAUCUUUGUUCAGUCUAAGGCUUUGUU